GAAUGAGGUACAACAGCAUCUCCUUUGGGAGGCUCUAGCAUUUAUUUGUGGAGCUCUAGGUGCAGAACAAACAGUGAUCAUGCUCCUGACAAUGGCCCUCGACUCCAAACUCUGUCGUCAGCAUUUACUCACGUUUUUGACCAAUCUCAGGCGUCCAAGAGAAAACAUCGGCGCAAGGCGGUUAAACCUUUUGAAGAAUGUCAUCACUGUCUUCCACUCAGCCAUGCAAAGUUUGCCAAGCCGUGCUUCAGAUCUCAAAGUUGCAGUCACUCUCAUCUCCGAUGCUGUAGCAGACAUGGAAGAAGACGAUAAACGUGAUGACAUCAUGGAGUCAAUAAAGUCGUUGAGUAGUCACAUUGAGGACAUUGAAAAAGAGAGGGAAAAAAAGAGACAGAUGGAUCGCAUUUCUAAGAACCCACCCCCUGACGACUUCCGCCAGCAAAACAUUCUUCCCACUGUCAAGGAAUUGCAACCCGGAUAUCAGCCGUUUCUCCGUCCUCAUCUGACGAGAGGUGUAUAUGCCGAUGCAGAUCACUACCUGGAUGUUCAGUUCAGACUUCUGAAAGAAGACUUCAUCUACCCUCUUCGCAAUGGGAUAUCAGAGUACCUAACUUUCAAGAAGGCGAACCCUGACAGACGGGCCAAACUUCAGGAUGUGCGAAUCUACGAGGAAGCUCACUACGAAAAAUCUGUCCGUGAUUUCUCCGGAAUUUCACAUUACAUGGCUUUCAAGAAGUUACCUCGUGUCCGAUGGCAAUCGACAAAACGACUCAUGUACGGAUCAUUGCUCAUUCUAUCAACGGAUGAUUUUAAGUCCUACAUAUUUGCUACAGUGGCCAAACGGGACGUAGCAGAUCUAGAGAAGGGAAUGGUAGCCAUAGCAUUGGUCGACCGAGAAGAUGAAGAUGCAUCAUGUCUACUGAAUAAAAGUUUUGUGAUUGCAGAGUCAUCUGUCUUCUUUGAAGCUUAUCGCCCAGUUCUCCUGGGUCUCCAACGAAUGUCUGGCCCAUGCUUGCCGUUUUCCCAGUACACUUUGAGCAUGAUUCACGAUGUAAAGCCACCCAGGUAUCUCCAAGAUCGGAUGGUAACUGAAGACGAUGAAAUGUUCAUCAAUCCAUGUAGCAUCAAUAUCUCACCUCUGCUGAAAGGCAACCGACGAUACUCUCCAAAAAUCGACGUGCUUGACGAUGGUGCUUGGCCUGAUAUUGAACAUGUACAGCUCGACCAAUCACAAUAUGAAGCUGCCAAGACUGCUCUCACCAAAGAACUUUCUGUCAUACAGGGUCCACCAGGUACCGGCAAGACGUACAUAGGUCUAAAGAUCGUAGAGACUCUUCUCCUCAACAGAGAAGUCUGGUCAAGUGAAGAAAACCCUAGCCCCAUCUUACUCGUGUGCUACACAAACCAUGCACUGGAUCAGUUUCUGGAGGGUAUCUUAACAUUCCAUCGCACUGGCAUCGUUCGAGUUGGAAGCCGUAGCAAGAGUGAGCAGUUGCAGGCCUUCAACCUUAAUCGGAUGGUCGGUCGGAGGGGAGUACACGAUGAAGAGUACGUUCAGCGAAGGGUUCGUCAUGUCAAGAAAGAAGUUGACGCUACAAGGAGACGUGUGGAGAGAACGCAAGCCAGGAUAGAGGGUGCAAGAAAUGGGAUCAUCAACGAGUAUGAACUAGGCCCUUUUAUGUCAUGGCAGCAUUACAACAGCCUCCUGCGUCUUUCUCAUCUGAAACAGUUAAACUCCUGGCUUGUAGAGUGGCUUCUCUGUGAGAGUCAUAAUGACAGGGAUUGGAACCAGCAAGAGAAACGGGAAACACUAGAACAGAGAGAUAACAUGCAAGAAGAUGAGAGGGAAGAAAGCACCAAGCAUGCUCCUGUGGCAAAUGAAGCAACAGUCGAGGUAGAAUAUGAACGAAGUGCCAUCGAGUCUGAAAGAAUGAUUGACGACGAAUAUGGUGAGGAAGAUUCUGAUGAAGAGGAAGAUGAAGACUAUCCUUUCCUAGGCCUUGACUUAAAUGUUCUGAACAAACCAGAGCACAGUAUCUUGCGGAGGUUCAUCCAAAGGAAGAUGUCUGGAAAAGAUGUCAUCGAUCCACGUGCUCUUCAAACGAUUAUGGAUGUCUGGAGUAUGCAUCCAAAUGAUCGAUGGGCACUCUACCAUAUUUGGUUGCAAAACUACCUACAUCAGUUGAAAGGGAAACUGCAAGCAUAUGACCUCAAAUUCAAGCAACUUUGUGGUCAGCUAGAUGAGGCAAAAGGCGUAGAGAAAUACCACGUCCUCCGACAGGCAACUAUAAUCGGUAUGACUACAACUGGAGCAGCUAAUCACCAGCAGGUUUUGCAGAGAGUCCGGCCAAAGAUCGUUGUAGUAGAGGAAGCAGCUGAGGUACUGGAGGCACACAUCAUCACGGCAUUAAAUGCUUCAUGUCAACAGCUGAUUCUCAUUGGAGAUCAUCAACAACUUCGUCCGAAACCAAACGUCUUCCUCCUGGCCAAGAAGUAUCAUCUGGACGUUUCAUUGUUUGAAAGACUUAUCAACAAUGACUUUCCUUACUCACAGCUUGAGUUGCAACAUCGGAUGCGUAUCGAGCUUUCGGGUCUGAUGAGAAGGCACUUCUACGACAACCUUCAUGAUCAUGACACGGUGAAGCAAUACGGAAGUGUGAAAGCAGUUCAAAAGGAUAUCUUCUUUCUAGAUCACGCAGAACCAGAAAAUGAAAUGGAAGAUACACAGAGUCACUACAAUCUCCAUGAGGCCGGACUGGUAGUAGCGUUGUGUUACUACUUCAUGCAGCAGGGGUAUGAACCUGAUAAGAUUACAAUCCUCACAGCUUAUACAGGUCAGCUACUGAAAAUCAAGCUCAUGAUGGAUCGUAGCAAGUUUGAGGGAGUCAAAGUUACCUCAAUAGACAACUACCAGGGAGAAGAGAAUGAUAUCAUUCUCUUGUCCUUUGUGAGGAGCAACAAUCAUGGGCGCAUUGGAUUCUUGGGGAUUUCGAACCGAGUUUGUGUCUCAUUGUCAAGAGCAAAGAAAGGGCUCUACUGCGUUGGAAACUUCACCCUCUUCGCAGAAAAGAGUGAGCUAUGGAAGGGAAUAGUAAGAGAUCUAGAAGGAACGGGAUCAAUCGGAGAUUCCCUUACGCUGCAAUGCACCAAUCAUCCAGAGAUGAGGACAGCGGUGAAAACUGCCGAUGACUUCAAGAAGGUACCACUAGGAGGAUGUAGUAGAGACUGUGAUACCAGGCUUGACUGUGGACACGUUUGUCGAUUAAAGUGUCACCCAACGGAUCUAAAGCAUCUCGUUUACAAGUGCAAGGCUCCGUGCUCCAAGGUUAUCUGUGAGAGAAACCACAAAUGCCCAAAGCUCUGCUCAGACCUUUGUUCGACCUCUUGUUCAGUCAUUGUGGAGAAGAUUCUGCCCUGCCGUCAUGUCUGUAAAACGGAGUGUAAGACCGACAUUUGGUCCAUCACAUGCGAGGAAAAGGUUGACAAAACUUUAAGUUGCUCACACGUCCAUCUUCUUCCAUGCCACAUGCCAACUGAGGGACUUGAAAAGAAGUGCAAAGUCCUUACCAAAAAGGAAUUGCAGUGUGGCCACAGUAAGACAGAGAAGUGUAAUGGAAGUGGUCGAUGUGAUGAGAUAGUCUUGAAAGUUCUGGAAUGUAACCAUAUCUGCCAAGCAGCGUGCCAUAAAGAUCCAGAGGACAUCAGAUGCAAGGAAAAUGUUGAGAAAACACUGCCAUGUGGACACACGCAUACUCUUCUCUGUUCCGCAAGUAUUGACAAUGUUCGGUGCAACACGAUUAUAGAGAAGUGCUGUCAUAACAGUAAAUGUUCCGAAGUAGUAGAGAAAACCUUGCCUUGUGGUCACAACUUGAAGAUGAUUUGUUCGACCGAAGUAGAAACAGUAGUAUGCAAAGCAAGGUGCAGUAAGGAGCUUCCAUGUGGCCACAUUUGCAAGGAAAGGUGUGGGGUGGAUUGCACAGAGAACUGCACAGAGAUGAUCACCAGAGAUGACUGGCCAUGUGGUCAUGAGGUAACCGUUAAAUGUUGCGACGAAAGCGACGCAUGCUACAUCGCCUGUGAGGAGAUCUUGAUAUGUGGGCACAAGUGCAAAGGGACCUGUGGAAAAUGCUCACAAGGUCGUUAUCACCACCCCUGCAUUGAGACAUGUAAGAAAAAGCUGGUGUGCGGACACGAAUGCGCCCUCAAGUGCGGUGCACCAUGUCUUUACUGUAAAAUGAAAUGUCUGCGGCGUUGUCGUCACUCGCAGUGCAAGCAUCCGUGCAGUGAGCCAUGUGAUGUUUGUACGAAACGUUGUAACUGGAAAUGUGAGCAUCACGAGUGCAAGACGUUGUGCUGCGAACCUUGUGACAGACCUCCAUGCAACAAGCCCUGUCCGAAGAAACGGAAAUGCGGUCACCCUUGCAUCGGUCUUUGUGGUGAGAUCUGCCCCAAUAAAUGUCGCAUCUGCGACAAAGAAGAUUUGGAGCAACGUUUCUUUGGGACCGAAGAUAUCCAGACGGCAAGGUAUAUUCAACUAGAAGACUGUGGACAUUACUUUGAGGUAGAAGGACUUGACAAGUUCCUGGGACUCGGCAUAAAAUCCAACGGUGCAGAAAUAUUUACCAAACUAUCGGUAAAAACCUGUCCAAGAUGCGAGAAACCCAUCCAGUUAAGUCGUCGCUAUAGUAAUCUCUUGAGAGAAUCUUCAGCGAUCAAGCCGCGAAUCGUGGAAAAGCUACAGGGUGCUCGCAAUAGCAAUGAAUACAAUCACCUCCUCCGUAAAGUCAACUCAGCCGUCAUGUCGGCGAGAGAAACCAUUCGGCUUUUGUCACCCAAAUCACCACUAGCGUUGAGUAGAUACUCGCUAUCAUCGCGAUUGGGGUCAUUGGUAGAGAGUAGAAAGUCAACGGCGAACCAGCCAUUUUUGGACAUGCUUCAUGAACUACUCCUGGCAUCAACAGAGGAACUGGACAGACAUAGCAAGUCAUUGCCGAAUGUACUCGUAGAUCAGCACGCGAACGACCUCUGGAAUGAGAUGAAUCGAGUGACGAUCAUGUGCGACUUGGCCGAAGUACUGAGGGGAGGAGCAACAGAAUCAACCAGAGUACCCAGACUUCUCAAAAUCCUAGGUCGGGAUAGGAAUAUGACAUUAGCACAUCUCCUCCUCAAUGGAAUUCGCAUUGUUAAUGGGAUCAGCAAUACUGGCAGUGUCCUACCGACUUUCAAACGCCCUCCGCGUCUUUCCUUAGAAGUAACCAUGUGGUUUACUUGUGCCAAAGGACAUCCCGUUUCGAAUGAUCAGCUCAAGAAGGGCGCGUGCGAGGACUGCGACGUGGCUGAGCAGGAGAGAGUCCGCUCCGAGGCUUCUGCAGCUGCAGGACAACCAGGUGACCAUAGACAGAAUGUGCCCAGUCAUCAAGGUGUUGGUGGUCAGCAAGGCCAGCGGGGUAGGGGACGAGGACGUGGAAGAAGAGGUCGAGGUGGAAGAGGUGGUCGAGGUGGAAGAGGUGGUCGCAGAGGAGGACACCAAAGAAACUAUGUCCCGUUUUGAGCCCGAAUACGCGAUCAGAAUAUCCGUACAUCAGAGAUUGCUAGUCAUUUUGCAUGAAGAUGUAUACAAUCAAUAUCAAACACGGUUUAUGAAUUACACUGACCUUCGUAUCAUCGAUGUUUAUCCAGAUAAUGCUGUAUUGAAAGAUUGUAAUUGAUCCAAGCUAUUACAUUGUUCUUUGAGAUGAAUAACGCGCGGGGAAUAAUUGAUAACGUAUUCGUAGUACACUGAUUUGCCGAAAUCUUUUUAAUCUGUUAAAAUGUAUUGGUCGAAAUAUCCUUUAUCUAAAUUAAUUUUCCUAAUUUAUUUGAAGGGCUUUUGAAAGAUAUGCGAGACUACAAUGUCCACAGCAAAAAGAGAAAGCAUUUUAUGUGUCAUUUAAAGGAUUGAAAUUGUAAGAUAUCGAAACAAUUGGUAUUGACCAAAUGAGCACUGGCUAGGCUCUGCAGGAGCACACAAUUGGCCUGAGCAGAGAAAUACUAAUUUAAGAGACUGCGUCAAAGUACAUGUGAACCAUCAUUUUUGCAUGUGCGUUAUGAGGUAUGAAUAAUCGUUUCGUAACGUAUGUAAAUAUUCUUUAUAUUUUCAACUUAUAUCUCAAUCGGAUCAUUUGCUGUAUAUCCUUUCGCUUCGCUGCCCGCAGAAUACUAAAACAUCACUCGACUUUAUCAAACAAUGAUAUAGUGCGAGUUUUUCAACCCUACCAGCGCAUUAAGAUAUGUUUUACCGCGCACUGUCCCUGUUCAAUACUUGUAAGUACUGUAAAAAUAUAGAAGAACGCAGCAAAAUAUAUGUCCUUAUAAGAAUACAAAGUCGUAUCAAUAUGUUGUAAAUAGAUAUCCACUGUCUUGAUCUUCAAUAUACAUGCACUUAGGUGUACAUCUGUUUACAUCAAGCAAGAGUAGAGUAUCACAAUUGGAGAAAGAACUUUUAAAAUAAUGAUAUUGAUCGUAUCCAAACGAUUCAAAGUUGUUUUAAAGCCAAACUGUACUAUAGGAGCCCAACCGCAAAAGCCCUUCUAGCACCAUCUCAGGUCAACUGUAGCAGUAUGGUCUCGUAACUCGCUGCUUUCAUAGCAGCGCUGUUGGUUUUCGCAUCGAGUCCUCUGUCUGCGAAGUGGAAAUUAUUUAUUUGGUUACACAGUGUUGGCAAGUUGACCAUGAGAUGGUGAUGUAUAAUUAACAGUAUGUUAAGCCAGAAAGUUCAUCAGUUCAGUAUCGCUUUAAGUUGGCAAACAUGUGAAAAUGCUGUUGUGUUUAAUAUGCAAUGUUGAUAAGGUUGAUCAGUAUGUACCCUUAAACGUGUAGUGACAGGCGAAUUGUGAGAAUUAACAUAUGAAUGUUGUCUCUUGGUCGAUAAUACAUGAACCACCAUCCUACUCAGAAAAUGAGUAUGAAACAUACCCCCAAUAUUUAAAUAGAACAGUAGAUGUACAUGUAGGUUAUUUCGGGUAGAGCAGUGCUUCAUGCAGUCACGAUUCAUGUUUAAAAGUUAUUUGAAUAGUACCCAUGCUUUUUUGUGUAAUCGAUAGGUUUAAUUAGAAGCGAUGAUAUUGUUCAGAUUAAACAAAAUAUGUCCAAAUAUUUUGUUACUGUAUUUAUUCAAACGAAAAAUGGUUAAAACUUGAGCAUUUACUGUCUCGUAUUAUGUACAUAUUAGUUUAAAAAUCAUAAUCAAUUAUUUGGGUUUCAAGGAAAUAACAACAGUGCCCUCAAUUGUAUAAUGAUUAAUAUAAGGAAAGCAAUUUUUGCAGCCAAAUGUAAACAGUGUUUGCCAGUUUUUGAACACAUAGUAUCAGCGAUAAAGUGUUAUUUAGAUAUGAAAAAAUAUAUAUGUAAAACAAACUUGAAUUACCUGUAAUACAUAGCGUUUCUGUUUGUCAUUUCGCCUGAUUUUUUGGGCCAAGUAAAUCUGUGAUAUUUUAAAAUUGAACUGCAAUUUGUAACUGAUAUCUACAGGUGUAUAAAUGUUUGUUCUUAUCAUAUUUUUAAUGUCAUUUUGAUAUAGUUUAAUAAAGGAACCCUGUGGAAGGGGGAAAAUAAAAAAAAUAAAAAAAUAUAUAUAUGCUCGAGGUCAUCCAGUUGGUGAAACAUAUCGUAUCUAUUGAAAUAUGAGAUAGAAUCGGGACAUAUAUGUAGUAAAUUAAGCUAGUUUAUUGGUGGAUAUAAACACCACAAAAUACAUACAAUAUCAACAUUUCUAAUACGUAUACAUAUCAAAAUUUUCAUUAAAGGUUUUGUGGAAUUCUUCAUUACAUAAAGAAUAAAUUUCCAUCAUAUAAAACCAGUAAUCUACUAUUAACGUUUUGAAGGUUCGACAAGGAAGAGUAGUGUAUUAGAUGAAAGUCAAUCAAAGAAUGAUAGCCCAAAUUGAAUAAUAUUUACAAGUGACACGUACUAAAUUAUGGAGAAAUUAAUCUUGUCAGAAUUCGGGAAGAAAGGUUGACAUUAUAUUAUAAUACUGACUUUAUAUCCUCACGAUCGUUUAUUAUAAUAGCAUGAUUAAUUGGUGUUCAAUUUUAUGAUGGAGAUUAAUUCAACCUAGGUGUAAACUCAUCAGUCGUCAUGAAACAGAGCAAUGACCAAAAAAAUGUUUUUUUUAUUUUAAUUUUAUGUUUUACAACUUUCGUGUGGACACAACUUUCAUGCCGGAUGUGUGUGCAGUGUCAUAUACUCAUUUUCGUACGUGGUUCUUGUGAUUUUCAACAAUAUUCAGUCAAUUUCUUUUUAAUUUUGAUCGUUUCAAAACUCACAGCAUAUAUCAAGUCAUAUGUACUGCAUAAUCAUUUCAGCUUUUGUUCACAUGACUAUAGAUUGGUAUAACAUGACCACAGAACUCAAGUUUUUGUGUUUCUGCUGUUGUUCAGAAUCAUGUAUCGAAUCACAAUAUAAAUAAACUUGUUAUGCUUAUUAUCUCCGAA